AUGCCAUCAGCAACACCAGAAGCAACACCAUCAAUAACACCAGCAGUAAUACCAGCAGCAACACCAGAAGCAACACCAGAAGCAACAACAUCAUCAGCAAUGCCAUCAGCAACACCAGAAGCAACACCAUCAAUAACACCAGCAGUAAUACCAGCAGCAACACCAGAAGCAACACCAGAAGCAACACCAGAAGCAACACCAGAAGCAACAACAUCAUCAGCAAUGCCAUCAGCAACACCAGAAGCAACAUCAGAAGCAACAUCAGAAGCAACAUCAGAAGCAACAUUAGCAGCGGCACCAUUAUUAGCAACCUUAGCAGCAACACCAGCAUAG